AUGCAAGAACAUCAACCGCCGAUUGGGAGGAGGAAUUGCCCUCUGCAGAUGCUCGUCAUUGACGCAAACACUUUAUGGAAUAAGGAUAUUCUGGGCGGGCGCAAACAAAGGCACGAAUCCUUCCCUGCGAUUGACAUCACGCAUAUCCGCUUAGCAGCCCAAUGUUCGAUGCUAUACAAUGACCGCAUGCUAGACACCACUCGUUUUCCUCGGCUUACUCAUUUCGCCAUACCUCUAUACCUUUGCGGGGGUACCUUCUUCCGCGCCAGGCUAGAAACGCAGCGGGUCGCGCUGACUCGCCUUUUAGACAACUCGACAUUGCAGAUGCUAGUGUGCAUUCUAGUCCGCUCGUCAGACCGGGACUUGGCCUGGGAAUGGAUUCGAGACAUGCGCAAGAGAUACACCAACACAUACUUGGUAGAGCCGUCCGGGUGUGGGUUACAGAAGGAAUGGGAGAGGGAGGUGCGAGGUGGUGAAAGCAUUUGGGAGAGAGCAAUCAAAUAUACCCAGGAGGUGAUGGAAACGGGGUAUUCUAUUUGUACGGAUUUUAUUUAA